AUGGGCACCGUUAAAGAGACAUUACAAGAAAGCUUUCCCGAUGCUACCGAGGCAGAAGUCACUAGGUUCAUCAAUGCCUAUGGGAAGGAUAAGCCAGAAGAUGAGAAGAAUAAAACAGCAAUUGAAGCGAGACUAAAAGAGCAUUUGGAGUGGAGAAAGGAGCAUGGUCUCCUAGGUGAAAGAGACGGAAAUAGGGAUACGGACGCAUCUCUCUGGGAAGCAUCUGUGAAACAAGCUAGGGAAUUCGACGAAGCAAAUGGAGAAGAUGAGAGUGGUGGUUCUGAAGCCAAUAGCCAGGCUUCCCGAGUUCCAGUGGAUCAAAUACUUUUCUUUCACAAGAGUGAAGCAGAUGGAAAGCAGAUUACAGACAAGGAUGGGAAAAGAAUAAUUCACCUCCUGCCUGGCCUAAUCAACACUGCGGCAGGAUCGGCGACGUUCUAUGCAAAUUGCAUUGCAUACUAUUUGGAUCGAAAUUUGGAUCGAAAUAAUAUUGAAAAGCUGACAAUCAUGAUUGAUGUGAGAGCUGGUACUGGAUGGCCAAACGAGCCUGCCUACAAAAUGGUCUCAUUUGUGAAGACCAUAGUGCGGGUAUUUGAGUUCAAUUUCCCGGAGCGUGUCAACAAGUUUGUUGUGUUCCCUAUACCGAUGCUUCUCAAGGGCAUUUUCAACACAAUCAAGAUGCUCUUCGACCCAACCACAGCAAACAAGAUAGCCUUGGCAACAGGGUCUGCACUUGCUGACUCACCAUUGCCAAAGCAAGAUGUUGUCGCUCACAUUGAUGAGGAAGUCCUUGAUCAAACUGAAAAGAUUCGGUUGGGUUUGUUCAGAGAGAAAAAGAAGUCGUCAGGAUGGUUUUCAUAA